UGCACGCGCUUAGGCGUGACGUGGCAGGCCGUCCUGGCGAGGAGGAGCUACUACUGUAUAGCGUGUGUCUUGGAAGUUCUGCGGAGUGGAAUGAAAGUUGGGGAGCCCGUCCACUCCCCCACACCCGCUCCCAAUUUUUUCUGAUGAAUAAGUAACGAGGAGUGCUCAACUUGCAUGCAAAAAAAACCAAAACAACAUAAAAAGGGUAGUUACAGGGGGAAGUGGAUUUGGGGGGAAAGGGUUAUGCCAUCUCAGGUUGACAUCCUGAAGACCGUUACCUAGGAAUAAAAAUCCUAAGAAUUCUCUUGAACUCAUUUGUGAGUACUGUAGAUAUCUUUAGGACUGAACAAAGCUGGGAUUACCUGCAGUGAAAGUACAGCGGGCCAGUUUUGAAAAAGCAGAAUUUGGAAACAAGUAUUUCCCCCCCUUCUGUUGAGUCCGGGCAAAGAUUCUGUAUGAAAACAUUGUAAACAUGCCUGAAGUGAAGCGAAGGAGGACAGCUAACCUUUCUGCCAGAACAAAUGAAGACCAAGACAAGGAGCAAUCGGGAUUCGUGAGUAAGAAGUCCAUGUGGAUGGAUCCACCAACGGCCUCAGGUUUACUGGCCCUUAUAACGUGUGCAGUGCUCACAUGGUUUCUUUUUCAGCAGUCGACUCAUCUGGCUGUUGUGGAGGAGAAGUAUAACUUACUAAAGCAGGAAGCUGUAAAAUGUCAAGCCAUGGAAAAUAAGAUUACAAUAAUGUCUGAAAAGUGUGAAAAGACACUAAGUUUAAUGCAGCACUUGGAAGAUAACCAUAUAAUUGCUCAGAUGAAGCACCUACAAGAAGAGGUGAACACCAUGCAACUAUGGUCUAAUAGGUUACUUCAAGAAGAAGAACUCAAGAAAAACCUAACCCCUCUACUUCAUGCAGUUACUAAAUGUGAAGAGAGUACAGCUUCUGUAACUAAGGAUUUCUCUAUAAAAAUUGCUACUGUGAAGACUGAUAUUAGACGUAUUUCAGGCCUUGAAACAGAUGUGACCUUAUUGGUAGAGAAUCUACAUAGUCUGGAAGAUAAAGUAGAUAAAGUUGAAAAGACUACAAUACAAAGUAUAGGAAAUUUUCUUACAAACAGCAUUGACAGGACUACCGAACUAAGGAACACUGCGUCUGGAAAUGCCCGACAAAUGCAGGACAUUAUGGAAAAGAUAUCUGUGUUAAAUGCAGACUUUAAUAAGCAAUCAACUAAGCUUUUAGAUCUGGAAAGUGAUAGAGUCAAAGUCUUGACAACAGUAGCCUUUGCAAAUGACUUAAAACCAAAAGUAUACAACUUAAAGAAAAAUUUAGCACACUUGGAACCAAUGUUAGAUGAUCUAACAUUAAGAAUAGGAAGGCUACUUGAGGAUUUGCUGGAAAGACAGAAGGAAAUUGCUUUCUUGAAUAAGAAAUUCUCCAAUUUAAUGUCAAUUGAGGCUGAAGUUAAGAUUAACUAGUAUUUCAGGCCCCAUGUAGACAAUGAUAAAGCCUUCAGUCUAUAUAAAAUGCAAUGCUGAAGAAACAGUCUACCACUGGAGCUUUGUUAGACUUUUUCCCCCCUUAAUCAGUGGUGCUGAUGGUCGUACCACCCUGAACAUGCCCGGUCUCUUCUGAUCUUGGAAGUUAAGCAGGGUUGGGCCUGGUUAGUACUUGGAUGGGAGACCACCUGGGAAUACUGGGUGCUGUAAAUCAGUGGUGCAUUUGUUUUUCUAUCUGUAAAAAUAUACUAAUUGUACAGUUGGCAACUGCACUGGAUUCUCCCUUUCCUCCCAUGAGUACAAUGAUUUCUGCUAGUAGAAUGACACUGGCUAGAAUUCUGUAGACAUAGCUUCGAGUGGGACUCAUGUUGCCAUCACCAAUUGCCUUUUAUUUUUAAUUUAAAAUUUACUAUUCCAAGGCUCUGUCUGGAUCUGUUCUGACUUGAGGAAGCCUCUGUUGUCCUCUGAACAAGGGAAGGUGGAUUUAAUGUCUGAAAAUAAUUUAUGAAGUCGUGGUGAUGGCCAAUUAUAAUAUAUUUGAAGUCUAAGGAGACAAUAGUGGAAAUGGAUUGUAAUCUUGUAUGCUAUUAAAAAUACAGCCUUUUUAAAGCUAGUCUAAAUGGCUGACAGUUGUGUUAACUUGCUUUAACUUCACCCCCAGAAAAGCCAGCUAGCUGUUUAAAAGUGUACGAUGUCUUCAAAGGUCCAUACACAGAACAAGGCUGUCUUUUCACAUGAGCCAAAAACUGGAUACAUAUAACCGACAUAGUACACAUGUUGGAAUAGUUCCAUGUACCAGUGGAUGUACAUAUGGCCUCCCUCAGCAAUAAAACCAAGAUGACUUUA